UAAACCGUUUUCUAGGCUCGGACUCUCUGCUCUAUCAACAAAGUUCACAAUUUUCUCUCCGAAGCUAUUGUCGAAAUUUUCUCUCUCUUUCUUUUCUCGGCCUUUUUCUUUCCUCUUCCUCCUCCUGUGUUUCAGAAGUGGAUUUAGAGAGCGUAGGGAGAUGAAGAGCUGUGAGCUAUGCAAGUCGGGUGCGAGGAUGUACUGCGAGUCAGACCAGGCGAGCUUAUGCUGGGACUGCGAUGCCAAGGUUCACUCAGCCAAUUUCCUCGUCGCUAGGCAUUCGAGGAGUUUGCUGUGUCACGUUUGUCAGUCUCCGACUCCGUGGAAUGCUUCUGGUGCGAGAGUCGGCCGGCCUGUUUCGAUGUGUGAGAAUUGUUUCGCAGUGAAGCACAACAGAGUCCAGGAGGAAGAGAACGAAGGAGAUAACUGUAAUGAAAUUGAUACUGAAGAGGAUGAGUAUGGAGAUGAUGAGAAGGAGGACGUUGAUGAUGAGGAAGGAGAUAAUCAGGUGGUACCGUGGUCACCGACUCCUCCUCCUCCUCC